CGCACACGCACCAUCCUCUCAAAGACUCAUCUCUUCAUUUCUUAAUAUAAAAGCCCAUCACCCCUCUUCUUUUUCUCAGCUUGACGUUCCCUUCUCCGAGAGAACACCAAGCUUUUAAUAAAACACACCCGAAAACAAAUACCUCCCUUUUUCUUUCAUUUUCGAUCUGUUUGUUUUAGAAGGAAACGCUUUCAAGUUUUAUUUUAAAAAAAAAAUGCAGGCGGUUACUCCUACGCAAAAUCUUAAUUCUUCUAUAAUUCGUCCGUCGAAGCCUCGGCUCAACCAGCUGACUCGGUUCGCCGUCCGCUGUGUAUACCGCUCUGACUCAGUCCAAUUCCCCAAUGGAGUCGGUUCAAGCCGCGCAGAUUGGCAAAGCUCAUGUGCUAUUCUCUCUAGCAAAGUCUUUUCUCAGGACCAAGAUUCCGGCGAUAAAUCUAACCCUCCUUCCGCCUCCGACCACCUCGCCGCCGCCGUCAACGGCCAUAAAACCUCUAUAGAUCUCAACCUGGUUCCUAUUAACAAAAACAAGAAGCUUCAGCCACCUUCCCAACCUCCUCCACAGAAACCGUUAACUAUCACCGACCUGUCUCCUGCUCCUAUGCACGGCUCUCAGAUGCGAGUGGCCUACCAGGGAGUGCCCGGUGCGUACUCCGAAGCAGCAGCGGGAAAAGCUUAUCCUAACUGUGAAGCAAUCCCCUGUGAUCAAUUCGAAGUUGCGUUUCAAGCAGUUGAGCUUUGGAUUGCCGAUCGAGCUGUCUUACCAGUGGAAAACUCACUCGGCGGCUCGAUUCAUCGGAACUAUGAUCUCCUCCUACGGCACCGUCUCCACAUCGUUGGCGAAGUUCAGCUUCCAGUCCACCACUGCCUCUUGGCUCUCCCAGGAGUCAAGAAAGAGUACCUGACACGUGUCAUUUCUCAUCCACAAGCCCUCUCCCAGUGUGAACACACGAUCACCAAGCUCGGCCUCAACGUCACACGCGAAGCCGUUGAUGACACCGCGGGAGCCGCCGAGUACAUCGCAACGAACAACCUCCGGGACACGGCCGCCAUAGCAAGCGCACGCGCUGCCGAACUCUACGGACUCCAAAUUCUCGCCGAUGGUAUCCAAGACGAUUUGGGUAACGUCACGCGCUUCGUUAUGUUAGCUCGGGAUCCAAUUAUCCCACGCACGGACCGGCCGUUCAAAACGAGUAUAGUUUUCGCGCACGAUAAAGGGACGAGUGUGCUUUUUAAAGUUCUAUCGGCGUUUGCAUUUAGGAAUAUCAGUUUGACGAAAAUCGAGUCGCGGCCGCACCGCAACAGGCCGAUACGGUUGGUCGACGACGCGAAUGUUGGAACGGCCAAGCAUUUCGAGUAUAUGUUUUACGUGGAUUUCGAAGCGUCGAUGGCUGAGGUUAGGGCCCAAAACGCGUUGGCUGAGGUACAGGAGUUCACGUCUUUCUUGAGGGUGUUGGGCAGUUACCCAAUGGAUAUGACGCCUUGGUGCCCUUCAAGGGGAGUGUAGCAAAACCCAUGGAAAUUAAAAAAAAAAAAAAAAAAAAAAGAGAAUUAUUUGCAUUAAAAAAAAAGAAA